CAUGACUUGUGAUAAAUCUUAUGAGCGAAAUACGUAAAGGCUGGGAAAAAGACGUCCUCUCAGAAGAAUAAAAGCCCUGCAUUGAAUCGCAACAGCAGAACGCCCCCAAUGCUGAGUUACAGUGCCGUUGUAGUGCCUCUUGUCCUCUCUUAUGUUCUUUAUCUAGCAGUCUACCGUUUAGUCUUCCAUCGUCUCAAGUCAUUUCCAGGGCCACGUUUAGCGGCGCUGACAGGCUGGUACCAGACAUAUUAUGAGGUAUUCUGCGACGGUCUAUUCGUCCAGAAACUCGAGGAACUCCACAAAAUAUAUGGACCCGUCGUUCGCAUCAAUCCAAAUGAACUACACUUCAGCAACCCGCAAGCAUACUUUUCCAUCUACACGUCGCAAGUCAAAUUCAUCAAAGACCCAAACUUCUACUUCUGCUUCGCCCAAGACGAAUCCUCAUUCGGGUUUACUGAUCUAGCCGUCGCAAAGAAACGAAGAGACGUGCUCUUGCCUUUCUUCUCUCGUCGAUCGAUCCUUCAACUUGAAGGCAUUGUCCAAUCCAAGGUCGACACGCUCCUUUUCCGCCUCCGCCAGGAUUACACCGGCAAGCCUGUGAAUCUGUACGCUGCCUUCAAAUCCCUCACUAUGGACAUCAUUACCGCCUUCAGCUACUCCCAUUCAUUCGACGCCCUCCUCUCCCCAGACUUCUCUCACCCAAUCCUUCUCAGCCUUGAAAGAGCCAUGCCUAUGAUGACUACCAUCCGCCACUUUCCCAUCCUCCAACUGCUCUACCGCCUCCCUGAGUCGGUCACGCACCAUCUCGACCCCGAUACCAUCGGUUUCGUCCAACUGCGACACGCGCUUUCUGCGCAGAUCGAAGGGAUACUCAAAAACCCUUCGUCACUCGAUGGUAUGCACGAGACUAUUUAUCAUAGCCUGCUAUCUCCAGAGAAAUUCAAAUCGGGCGAGAUACCAUCCAAGAAAUCUCUAUCGGAUGAGGCUCAGAAUUUACUCUUCGGUGGAACUGAUACAACAGGUAAUACGAUGACGAUCGGCUUCUUCCACAUCAUGCAAAACCCGGACAUACAUUCCAAAUUGAUGACAGAAUUACUCGACGUUUGGCCCAGCAAGGAAUCGUGCGUCUCCUACCAAGUCUUAGAGAAACUACCGUACUUGACCGCGGUCAUCAAAGAAUCCUUACGGAUCAGUAACGGUGUUCCAGUCGCAAAACCACGCCUCGUGGACUCUCCGACCGUCAUCGAGGGCGUCCUCGUUCCCGCUGGAACCAGCGUCGGUAUCGGCAGCACGUUUAUCCUCAUGAACGAGGACAUCUUCCCUGAUCCGCAUUGCUUCAACCCAGAAAGAUGGCUCCAAGGUGGGGCUGCCCUCGACAAGUACCUGAUAUCGUUCUCGAGAGGUCCUCGAGCUUGUCUGGGUAUCAAUCUGGCAUGGUGUGAACUCUAUAUCCUCUUUGCCAACCUACUUCGGAAAUUUGAUUUAAAGAAUCAUGAGACGAAGCAUGUCAACUUCCGGUAUCACUUCUUACCCGCGUUUCGUGACAAGCAUUUGCAUGCCAUCGUCGCUGAGCGAGAAUAAUUUUAGUUCCCAGAUAUUAACGAUAGAAUAUGAUGGCUCUUUGAUCGUGACUCGUUCCGAACAAGUUAUCGGUGCACGGUUGUCAUUGCAUAUCAGGUUCUUUUUCUAUAAGCAUACUUACAAGAACGAAAUACUACACAGGACUGGUUCCUGCUGAAAGCGUUUCAAACGUACAACUCUUAAGUAAUGAUCAGUGGCUCUCGAACACGAUAGGAUUUUGGCAUCAUCAAAUUUACUGUUGCAGAAGAAAUAGCGUCUCUGGUGUUCUACCUACUGAACCGUCGUCAAACCAUACCACUACUUUCAAUGUUGUUGCACUGAG